GCCCUGUUCUCGGCUCCGGUAUCCUCGGACCCGUUCCCGAGGCAGCGUGCGCAAACCGACCCCCCACUGCCCCGGCUGAUCCUCUACUACCAAACAACCCACGACUCCAUUGGGCGCCCCAUCUCUAUGCUCCCGCUCAUCAAUAAGCAGCGCAUUGCCCUCACCCACCUCAUUGUCGGCGCCUUCCACGUCAAUGCCAACAACACGAUCCAUCUCAAUGACUUCCCGCCUCACCAUCCCAUCUUCCACACUCUCUGGAAGGAGACCCGAGUCCUGCAAUCCGCUGGCAUCAAGAUCUUUGCCAUAGUAGGCGGCGCAGCCCCAGGCUCCUUCACCCCCUCCACCCUCGACGCCCCAGACACCCCCACCUUCGAAUCAUCCUACGCCCUCCUCCGCAAGGUCCUCACGGCCCACAAGCUCGACGGCAUCGACAUCGACGUGGAGGAGCCCAUGACCCAGCGCGGCAUUACCCGCCUGAUCAACCGGCUGCACGCCGACUUUGGCGGCCGCAACUUCACCAUCACCCUCGCCCCCGUCGCCACAGCCCUCUUGCCGGCGGGAGGGGCAUGGGGCAACCUCAGCGGGUUCGACUACGCGGCGCUCGACCGACAGGUGGGACGCAUGAUUGGGUGGUACAAUGCGCAGUUCUACAACGGGUUUGGGACCAUGGCGACGACGGCACUGUUUGAUCGCAUUGUCGGCGACGGCGGGUGGGAUCCGAGGCGGAUUGUCGUGGGCCAGCUGACGAGUCCGGAAAAUGGCGGUGGGUUUGUGGGACAUGAGCGGUUGGAGAACACGGUCAGGGUGUUGAAGGGGAAGUACGGAAAGAUUGGGGGCGUGGUCGGAUGGGAAUAUUUCAACGGGGUGCCGGGCGGGUUGCGGCGGCCGUGGGAGUGGGCUGAGGUCAUGACCGGGAUCUUGAGGCCUGGUCGGAGACCGGUGUUGAAGAUUACGAGGGAGAUGGCGCAGAACUUGAAUGAAGCGUGGGUGGAGAGCGCGGCGGCGGCGGGCGUUGGUGGUGAGAUGUGUGGGUUGGUAACUGCAGAGAGAUGGACUUACUGCGAUGGGACAACCACGUUGGUGCCAAACGUCGACUACUUGGGUAUGGUCAAC